CGAUAGCUCAGCCUGAAGGCCACACAGAGGGUAGGUCGAUGAUAUUAGGUGAUGAACGUGUCGCAGUAUUCACGGUCUCAUCUAAGUCGCAUCUACUUUCAGCACCAUCAUAAUUUCCGAAGAUGUCGGUCGACUCCAGAAAGACAGUUCUCAUUACAGGUACAAAUGAAGGUGGCAUCGGAAAUGCUUUGGCUCGGGAGUUCCAUGCAAAAGGCCUGCGCGUCUUCGCCACGGCAAGAAAGACACAUGACAUUGAAGAUCUGUCUCUUCUCGGCAUCGAAACGUUCUCGCUCGAGGUUCACAAGCCAGAGAGCAUCCUGAAGCUCAAGAAUGUGAUUAGCGAAAUGACUGGCGGAGCACUUGAUAUACUCAUUAACAAUGCCGGCCGCAACUAUACCAUCCCCGCCCUGGAUCUCGAUUUGGAGGAGGUGCAGGAUCUCUUUAAUGUCAACGUGUUCUCAGUCAUGAGAAUGUGCCAGGCAUUUGCACCUCUGAUAAUUCGCGCAAAAGGUAUCAUAGCGCAGAUUGGAAGUUUGUCUGGGUUCAUGCCCCACGUAUUUGGAUCCGCAUACAAUGCGUCUAAAGCGGCCCUGCAUUCGUAUAGCAACACAUUGCGGGUCGAGCUGAAGCCUUUUGGUGCAAGCGUUAUAAUCCUCUAUACCGGAGGCGUGCAAUCACGUAUAGCGCGCCAGGAACGUUCGCUUCCAGAGGACUCGCUAUACCUCCCGGCAAAUGAGGGCUAUCUGAAGCGAAUGACCCACACUCAGCAGAACGCAAUGCCAACCGACAAAUACGCGAAGUCGGUGGUGUCUCAGCUCCUUGUUGAGAAACCCAAGAGCUGGAUUUGGGAAGGCAGCUACAUCUGGCUGAUGUGGACUUUCUGGACCUUCAUGCCGAAGCAUUUCUUGGACAAUUUAUUCACGGGCAUGUUUGCCCUGAACAAGCUAAGUCGAGACGAGGCACUGGCGCAGCUGAACCGUGACCAAAAGUAUCGCGAUUAAAGCCGCCGGGACUAAAUAGUAUACGGUUCAAUAUGUCGAAGGUUGCCUAGUGUAUUCCAAUAUCAUAUAGCGUACUGUGUUGAAAUAAGGGGCACGCGCUCAACGGCACUUUGACAUCAGUUGUGAUCGCAGGACUGAGAAUGAGCUGUGAGUGGUUGACUUGGAGAAAAGUUUUGACUUCUGGAAGGAUUUCGUCGAGAUAGGCGACGCGACCGUUGAUGUGAACCUUCUCCGCAUGGCGCGUUGUGAGGAUCUGCUCAAGAAGUCUAAUGCUCGC